AUGCUCUGCUUCUUCCUCCUGGUUGUUUACUCCUCAAGUGCAACAUGCUCAGAGCUGCUGAGCCGUCACAGAAGAGGUUGGAUCAUCGGCUCUUUCACUAUUGAGGAGGGGCUUUCAGGACCCUUCCCUUAUGUGCUGGGCAAGAUAAAUAUCCAGCGGAGCUAUCAAGUAUACUUUGAUCUUUUUGGGGAAGGUGUGGAUGAGGAGCCAAAAGGAGUUCUGUCCAUUAAUAAGGAAUCCGGUACCGUGUAUGUACACAGGGCCGUGGACUACGAGGAGAAUACAAUGCUGAAGCUGAAAUUUGAGGCCAGAAAGACUGAUUUGUCGAUUGAAACUACAAUAGGAGUUGAAAUUUCCAUAUUGGACAUCAACGACAACCCACCACGCUUUCAGAGGAAUCUGUUUGAUAUCAGCGUUGACGAGGAAACAACACAAGGCUCACAUCUCCUGAACCUGGUAGCCUACGACAGAGACCAGAGAGGGACGCCAAAUUCAACAUUCCACUAUGAAAUCAAGUCUGUGGCUCCAAACCUUCCAGACACCAAGUUUGCCAUUGAUGAGUCUGGAUCCAUCUCCUUCAAAGGGUGUUUGGACCACGAGGUGGCUGAAAUGUUCACUGUGGUGGUGGAGGCCAAGGACCAUGGUGACGUAGUCAGUCUGUCCAGUUCAACCACGGUUGUCAUCCAUGUGGAGGACGGCAACAACCACCUCCCGACCAUCAGCGGACAAACAGGAUCUGGCAAAGUAAAAGAAGACGAGAUCGGGAGCUCUCCUCUCCGGCUGCACGCUUCAGACCAAGACGCCCCAAAUGGCCGGGCGUGGAGAGCCAAAUACACCAUUCAGGGUGACACGGGAGAGCACUUCAAAAUAAAGACAGACCCGGACACCAAUGAUGGAAUCCUGACGGUCAUAAAACCUUUAGACUUUGAGGCGGGAGCACAAGUGGAGCUGACCAUUUCAGUGGAGAAUGAGGCCCCAUAUUUCUCCUGUAAAGUGAGGGAGAAGACGCCCUCGGGCCUCUGGAAAGUUGACUCCGGCAACGGCGCCGACGAUGAGCCUCGCCAUCACUCUGUAAAAGUCGUCAUCGAAGUUGAGGACACCAACGACCCCCCGCUGUUCAGUGCGACCGUCAAAGAGGCCGCGCUGGAGGAGAACGCGCCCGUUGGAACCUGGGUGGAGAAGGUGACGGCUGUGGAUGCCGACUCCAGUCAAGCAAGAGAUUUUGUGUACAAGAUAGGAAGUGACCCCGCUGGCUGGGUGACGGUGGAUCCACAAACAGGAGACAUCACAACGUCCGAUACGCCAGAUAGAGAAUCUCCUCAUGUCGUGAACGGCGUCUACACCGUCGUGCUGCAUGCGGUGGACGAUGGUAAGCCACCAUUGACAGGUACAGCCACAAUGAACAUCUAUGUGACGGACCAGAACGACAACGUGCCUCAGCCAACAGUGGACUACGUUGACGUGUGUUUGUCCGACGGCCCCACCACCAUCAACAUCACGGCCUUUGACCUGGAUGCAAACCCAUUCGGGGGGCCUUUCACAUUUGAGCUGCUGGGGGAUGUCGAUAGAAACUGGAAACUCAACCCCUCAUAUGGAUACACAGCGGGCCUGGUGAAGGAGCCCAGUGUGUCUGCUGGCCCGCAUACAAUUGAUCUGAAGAUCUCGGACAUGCAGGGAGUGUUUGGCGUUUACAGCCUCAGCGUGACCGCGUGCGACUGCUCCGUGACGUCCAACUGCCGAAGCCGCACGGCCACCAAAGCCGUCUCCGGUGCAAUGGGCAUUGUGUUCGCCUUGCUGCUUUUACUCCUGUUUCUGCUACUGAUGGCGGUCGUCGUCAGCUGCAAAGAAGAGUCCAUUUUUCUAGAGACCAGGGAUUCCUCUGGAGAAACCCUCCUUGUAUCCAACAUCGAGACACCUGGAACAGACUGCCAGGUACCUGACAGUUUCCUGGCACUGUCCAUUGAUAAGACGCAUCACAGCAAAGCUUCAACAACGAAACUCUCUCGCCUGGAGACAGAUGAAGAUUUAGAGUACCCGCCUCACCUCUACGCCGAUGAGGGAGACUCGGACACCCUCUCGGAGCUGGACGACAUCUCCAUUUAUGACGAGGAUUCGAUCGAGAAAGCGACGACAGACUUGGGCCCCAACUUCAAGCGACUGGCGUCCAUUUGCAAACCACCACAUACGCAAAACAAUGCAUAA